AAAAAUCUGUCAAUUUUUGUUAAAUGUAACAUGGUUAGGCAUUAUAUUAGAAAAACUGAACGUUGUAUGUAUCCAGAUGGUUACAUUUUGAAAGCUGUCACGAAAGUUGUUGCUGAGAAUCAAAAAGUGUGUGAUGUUUCCAAAGCAACCUCCAUCCCAAAAAGAUCUCUUCUGAGAUAUGUUAAAAAUUUCUUGGCUGUUGGAAUUAAAGAUGAAGCUGAAGCAACUACAAUCAUUGGGGGUCACCAAAAACCUCGUAAGGUUUUCAAAAGCAAACAAGAAAGCAACCUUAGCAAUUACGUCAAAAGGGCUAGUGACAUUAAUCAUGGAAUCACUACCACAGAGUCACAGACAUGAGAAGAUUGGCUUAUCAGUACGCUACCCAAGAAAAAUGUAUUGUCCCUCCCCGUCUGCCUUGCAGUAUCUACCACAGGGAAGUCCAUUCCACCACUCUUUGUCUUUCCACGAGUUCAUUUUAAGGAAUAUUUCCUCAAUGGUGCCCCUCUUGGUUCUGUUGGAUCAGCCAAUAAGUCUGGCUGGAUAUGUCAGACAAAGAUUUCGUUUUGUUCAUCAUCGAGACCAACAACACCAGCAAAAAUCACGUCUGGGUUUAGAGUGGCUGGGCUAGUCCCAUUUAAUAGAUUUAUCUUCGAUGGUGACGUCGACUUUGCUCCAUCUUUCGUCACGGAUCGUCCUUUUAAUUCAUCACCAGUCCCAUCUUCAUAGAAACCCAGCAUCCAACGAUAACAUCGUCCAAGAAGGCCAAACUCCCG